AGGGGUCCGUCCCCGCCCCUUUCUGUUUGCUGUAGCGAGGUCCUUCUCGGUGUACUUGCUUCGUGCAGCUGCUUCUUCGUGGAACCAUUGUAUUAACCACAGACGUUGAGGCCAGUCGGAACAAAACAGUUGGAACACAAAAUGGCUGCCUGGUUGCUGCGUUCAAGUCGACUUGGUGCACUCAAGUUUGACAGCUGGGGCACUCUGAGACAUUACCCCCCUGCUUUGUUCUGCAGUGAAGCUAAAGAGCCAGUAAAACCAGUGAAUAAUACAAAGGAUCCAGACAAGAGAGGUGAAGAUGAGAGGGCAGCUAAGUGGACUUACAAGACUGCUGUGGCCUUUCCAGUUAAAUUAUCGGAUCCUGGAGUUUUGCCACCCUUCCUAGGUGUAACUAAAGAGCCAUUCCGCUUCACUGCCACAUCAGAAAAAACUGCAGCAUCUGUUACUGCUUCCACUAAAUCUGCUGGAGAAAAAUCAUCGGCUGUCACUGCUUCAUCUGACCUGUAUCAAAGCCAAAAAGAAGUUUCUCAGAUACUUUCUCAUGAUACUUUACCGGUAUUUGUACCAGCAGAAGAUGGUUCAGUUGAGGCACUUUGUAAAGGCUCAGUACCGGGAGACAUUCCUUCCCUUGCUGUGACCAUAGAUGAUGUUGUAAAACCAACUAUGGUUUCUUCUAAGCUUGGGAAUUCAGCAGCUGAAGAACUGUCUUCCUCAUCAUCCAGCGAAUCUGAUACAGAGUCAGACUCGGAGUGCAUUCCUGAAGAUGAGAAUUUAGAGGCAGAAACUGAAACCAGAAGCUUUUCUUUGGAAUUGCAACAACCAAGUCAUCAAGAACAGGGAGAAAUUAAAGAGUUUAUAGUUAGUGGAGUGACUAACGCCCUUCCUAAUGCAGAGGAAACAGCAGAUCAAUCUGUAGUACAGGCCUCCAGAGAUAAUUCGCGAGACUCAGUCUUUGAUAUCCUUACUGCUACAAAGAGCACAGUUGAGCUUACCAGUUCAGAUUUUUCAACCCAUACUGCUCCUACUGACACCCUGGGUGAAGCUCCAGCUGUACACGUGGAGCAACAUGAAGCUCCAGAAAAAGCCCAGUCAAAUUCUCUUUUAAAAGCAGUAAAGGUGCUUACAAAAUUUGAAGAUGGCUUAGGGGAUGCUGGUGAAGAAUCAUGGGAAAAAGCUUCUACUAUUGGGCCUGUACAGUCAAAAACUGUCUCUGUUGAAGUAGCUGCUGAUCAUCCAGCUGAAGUUGGCACCUCUGUUGAGCUGGAGGACUCUGCCCAGGUGCUAGUGGAAGCUACUGGAGAGGAGCUGCAUGCCAAGACCACUGCUGAACAGACUAAGGAGUCAGCAGCAGUACCUCCAGAGCCUGAGAAAUCUUUUGACAACAGCACUUACAAAAACUACCAGCACCACAGCUACACCAGCUACACAUUUGCAGACCUGGAUGUAGAGAUGGCCAAGUAUCGCCUCCCUCAGCCCUCGUCCGGCAAACUGUCACCCAGACACUAGGGAGUAGGUGGUGUGCAUAGUGGUGGUGGCGAUGUUGCAAAAUCGGUUGUUAAAAUGUGAUAUGAUUAAAGAAGUGUAAGAAAUUAA